AUGCCAGCAGAUGAUGGCCCCGCCACGUACUGCGCGUCGGAGGGUGAAAUGUGCCGCUGCAGUGGCAGGGUCUACUUCGGCCGCAAAUUUGACAACGAUCAGGACGGCGAUCGCUUGACCCUGUCCGAGAUGACCCUUGCGCAGCAUCGCAGCAAGAUGAUCAACGGUGACGUUGCUUGCACGACCGGGAACUUCGAGUCGGAUCCACAGAUCAACCGGCCCAAGCAAUGUUUGUGUCAGGCUUUGAAUGGACAAGUCCCCAAGAGUCCUGCGGAUGAUGGACCUGCCACGAUCUGUGCCAAUGAGGGAGAGAUGUGUGAAUGUCAAGGGAAGGCCUAUUACGGACGAAAACUUCCUGUGAAUGGCAAGGAGCCACUGAAUCUGGCGCAGACUGUGACUUCCGUCUACCGUGCCAAGAUGGUCCGCGGACAAAUCCGUUGCUCUCCUGGGGGAUUUGGAGGUUGCCGCGAUGCAGAUUCCUGUGAGCAUGCCGCCAUUGUUGUUCCAUUGUUGUUCACCGGAUGCCCAUCUGUAAACAAAUGGAAUUGCCAUUUGCCAAAUAAAAUGGUUGGGGUUGGUGAAAACCAACCUGUAGCCGGUCCAACCCAGAGAUAUCCAGAGGACAUACUUCCUUUGGUAUCCUUCCCAGGGAGCUAGAAACCAGUUUCCCAUCAGUCGCAGGCGACCCCUUGGUGGGCGUUUCCAAGCAUUGCCUCUGCCAGCCACACAAGUGACGGUGACCGUCUCAGCAAGUCGUGAAGAAAA